CUCCCAUCUCUCCUCCGCCCGGAAUCAUCGACAAAUGGCCAUGGGAGACAACAUCGUGUCGCAGGGCCGCGUCCACGACGAGCAGACGCGCAUCGUCAUGUACGUCUUCUUCAGCCUGGCGCUGUACAACGUCGGCGAGCUCGUCUGCCACAUCGCCGUCACCUUCAAGCGCUACUGCGGCCUCUACUGCUGGAGUUUUCUCGUCGCCACCUGUGGAAUCGCCCUCAACGCCGUGGGGUUCCUGCUCCGCAGCAUGUCCGGCUCUCUGUCACUGUCGACGUACGUCUACUCUGCGCUGGGCAUCGUCGGUUGGGCGGCCAUGGUCACGGGCCAGUCACUCGUUCUGUACUCGCGGCUGCAUAUUAUCCUGCCUCGCGAAAGGCUGAUUCGCAGCGUCCUCAUCAUGAUAAUCGUCAAUUCCAUCUGGCUGCUGGUGCCCAACACGGUGCUGCUGUUUCUCUGCAACUCGUCGAGCGCAGCGCAAUACCAGGUGCCGUACUUUGUCUUUGAGAGGAUCCAGUUGACCGUCUUCUUCGUCCAAGAGCUCAUCAUCUCGGCGCUGUACAUCCACGAGACGUACAAGAUCCUCCGCAGCUACAGGGGGCUCGUGACGGGCGCAAACCGGACCACCAUGGUGCAUCUCAUCCUCACCAACCUCGUCAGCAUCGCCCUCGACGUCAGCAUCCUGAUUCUGCAGUACACCAACCACUACGACCUCCAGACGGCGUGGAAGCCAUUCGUCUAUAGCAUCAAGCUCAAGAUGGAGUUCAGCGUCCUGAACCGCCUCGUCGAGCUCUCUCAG